AUGGUUGUGUCUCAUGAUUCGCAAUCGAACGGGACUGCCGUCAACGGCGAUGCCCCGAAUGGCGCCCAUUCCGGGACCAUCGACUGCGAUGUUAUCAUUGUCGGAGGUGGCUUCAGUGGCAUGACGGCCUUGCACAAAGCACGUAAGCUGGGGUUGACUGCCAAAAUCUUCGAGGAAGGCACCGAUUUCGGUGGCGUCUGGUACUGGAAUCGCUACCCUGGUGCUCGAGUCGACUCCGAAGCGCCCUUCUAUCAGCUCUCUAUACCCGAGGUCACAAAGGAUUGGUAUUACAGCCAAAGAUUCCCCGAUCACACCGAGUUACGCAAGUAUAUGGCACACAUUGAUAAAGUCCUCGACCUACGGAAGGACACAUACUUCAACGCGCAGGUCAUCGGCGCCGAGUUUGACACCAAGAAAGCACUGUGGACGGUCAAAACAAGCGCAGGCCAUGUCGCCAGGGGCAAAUACAUUAUUAUCGCAACUGGCUUGCUGCACAAGAAAUACCUGCCAGAAUUUCCAGGCAUGGGCGACUACAAGGGUGAACUUUACCAUUCCGGCGCCUGGCCCGAGAACCUCAGCGUGAAGGGCAAACGUGUCGGCAUUAUCGGCACUGGAGCUACCAGCGUGCAGAUCGUACAAGAGCUGGCCAAGGAAGCCGAUACCUUGACUAACUUCAUGCGUCGUCCCAGCUACUGCGUGCCGGCUGGCAAUCGACCACUCACCAUCCAGGAACAAAAGGAGCAGAAGGGACUCCUUCAUGCCCUGUUCAAAGCAGGCAGACAAUCAUUCGUCGGUAUACCUGUACUAGGAACCGUCCCUGGCAAGUCUGUUCUCGACGCGACACCGGAGGAGAGGGAAGAAGCUUUCGAGAUCGGAUGGAACCGUGGUGGCGCGGGCUUGAAUUCGUGCGGCUACACAGACAUUCUCACAGAUAAGAAGGCAAAUCGUAUCGUGUAUGAUUUCUGGCGCAAGAAGGUCCGUGCAAGGAUGACCGACCCAGUCAAGAUGGAUCUUAUGGCACCGGCCGAGCCACCUUAUUGGUAUGGUACGAAACGCCAACCUCUGGAGGAAGACUACUACGAGUGCAUUGAUAUGCCUCAUGUCGAAGUGGUGGACCUCAACGCGGCCCCUCUCCAACAUUUCACCGAGAAGGGUAUCUUGACGGCAGAUGGGAAGGAACGGGAAUUUGAUGUGAUUGCAUUGGCCACAGGGUUCGAGAGCUACACAGGCUCGAUUGUGAACAUGGGCCUGCUGAACAAGGAUGGAAUAGACUUGAAGGAUCUUUGGAAAGACGGAAUCAAGUCAUACCUGGGAAUCCUCAUCAACGGCUUUCCCAAUGCCUUUAUGGUAUACAGCCCUCAAGCUCCCACUUCGCUAUCCAAUGGUCCAACCAUCCUAGAAUGUCAGCUGGAUUACGUCUUUGCCGCGAUCGAGAAGCUUGAGAAGGAGCACGCCAAGUCCAUCGAACCCACGCCGGAAGCUCAAGAUGAAUGGAAAAAGACGGUUCUCGCCACCACCGAAGGUAGUCUGAUUCCGUUGACAAACUCGUGGUGGACCGGGGCGAACAUACCGGGCAAGAAGGCCGAGCUGGUCACAUUCUGCCACGGGAUUGAAAAUUACGAGAAGGAAAUCCUCAAGACUUUGGACAGCUGGAAGGGAUUCGACAUCGUUCACGAGAGCGUCGUCCCUCUUGAAUAG